AUGGCGUCCAUGUUCACAAGCGUCAAGCAUGUCUUCUUCUUCGGCGGUAACUUGUACCAAGUGUGGCGGAACGCCACCAGCGCCCGCUCUUGGCUGACGCCGGACGGUGGCCGGUUCGUCAUGUUGAAAGACCACAUCUUCGUCCUCAAGUACAACCCCGAGCGCCGGCCAUGCUGGGACGCAGUGACAGACCUAGGAGGCUACUCGGUGUUCGUCGGCAAGAACCAUCCUGUGGUGCUGCAGCCAAAGAAUGCGCCAGGCGUGACGGCCAACUGUGUGUACUGGAUCAACGAGCAAUCGAGGAAUGAGCCCAUGGUGUUCGACACGGUCACCGGGACCUCGACACUUCACCCUUCCACCGCCAAAGCACUGUCUCCCUCGUGCAAACUAGUUUGCUGCUGGUACUUCUUGGAUGACAAGAUUACAGAGGUCCAAGACUAUGGAAGAAAACCACGUCUAAUAAGUAUAGAUCAUUGCGAGCAGGUCUCCAAGAGUAGUCGGAAGGCUCACUAG